AUGGGACGCUUGUGCCUUCGGUACUGUGUGGAGUCGAUUGAAGAGAGGCGUCUCGAAAGACGGGUGCUCUGCGCGGAUGAAACGGAUCACGAAACAGGGCUUUGGAUGCCUGCAAAGCCGGCCAAUGCGAAGACUCGUGACGCCGUUGCGGGUACCGUUCUCUCGCUUCUGUCUCCUCCUGGCGGGUGUGAGUUGGCCAGACAGGCAUGCCUCAAUCAGCCGAACUUGCAAAGCUUCUUCUCCGGUCUGACGUGCCGGCAGAUGACCUCUUCGUAUUUUCGUCAUCCUUCGCUUGGUGCCGGCAUUCGUGUGGAAUUCAUAGAGACGGUGUGCGCCUCAGCAUUUGGAUCUCGUCUAAAGGCCCAGUUUUGUUUGGACAUGCCUCCCGCCUUGACGCGUGUAGACGAAGAAAGCGGGUCUUUUUAUGUAAAAAUGGUUUGCCUCUUCCACAGACAACUCACCUCGAGGCCUAAUGCCGCCAGCAAGGGCAAUCUUCCCAUGACUUAUGGGAAGGCCUAA